UUCUCAAAUGCGAGAGAAGAUAUCUUGUGUUAUUUGAUAAAUCACUAUGACCUCUAAAACUAGUGGUAACAACUGGAUUGAGUUGUUGAUCACAUUUUCAAUCGUUAUUUAGAAAGUCGAAAGACCAAAGGCAAGAGAUAAUUUGAGACCAACAAAACUUGUCUCAACUUUAACUGGAUAUUAAUUGUUAUAUUAUGCAUGAGCAUCUCCUAUAAUAAUGUUGUUAUUACGUAUGAUCGUCGCCUUUGAUCUCUUUUGUGAGAUUGACAAAGAAAAGAAUUUCGGCACGAAGGAAAUUCCGUUUUUAGCAUCUUCUAGAAAUGAAGUUCAAAAAAAGGAUACCGAUGGUUUUAUUAUUGCUCUUUUAUUUAGUUUAGUUCCGGUCUGCACAACUUUAUCUCAUUUUAUUAUAUCUGCAAUGGCAGCCACUGAUGAGCAAUCUCAAAAUCAAAAUCUGCCACAAGUAUUACUUUUGAAACCUCCACCAGCCUUUGCACUUUUCGGAGAUGAAUUCUUUUCCUCCAACAAGUUCCAAUUUUUGAAAGCGUACGAAUCAUCAGUUCCAAUUGAUCAGUUCCUCGAAGCGAAUGCAGAGUCAAUUGAGGCCAUUCUAUCUUCAGGAGGCGCUGCAGUAACAGCGGACAUCCUGCAGCAGCUGCCGUUGGUGCGACUGGUCGUCACAACUCACGCUGGCCUAGACCACAUCGACUUGGCCGAGUGUCGCAGACGUAAUAUUGCAGUAACCAACGUCGGAAACAUUUUCUCCGACGAUGUUGCUGAUCAUGCUAUAGGGUUAUUGAUCGAUUUGUUGAGGAAAAUUUCUGCGGCGGAUCGCUACGUCAGACAAGGGCUUUGGGCUGCCAACGGGGAUUUUCCGAUCGGUUGUAAGCUAGAGGGCAAGCGAGUUGGUAUUGUUGGAUUAGGAAAGAUUGGGUUCGAAGUUGCUAAAAGACUGGAGAGUUUUGGCUGCCGUAUCUCGUACAACUCAAGGAAGAAAAAAGCAUUUGUCACAUUUCCUUUCUAUUCAAAUGUCUAUGAACUGGCAACAAAUUGUGAUGUCCUCAUCAUUUCCUGUGCAUUAAGCGAGCAAACCCACCAUAUGAUCAAUAAAGAAGUAUUAUCAGCACUUGGAAAGGAAGGAAUCAUUGUUAAUAUUGCUCGUGGCAACGUAAUUGAUGAGCAAGAACUGGUGCAAUGUUUACAGCAAGGACAGAUCGGUGGUGCUGGUUUGGAUGUGUUUGAGAAUGAACCUGAUAUUCCUGGAGAGCUUUUUGCUUUAGAUAAUGUUGUUCUGUCACCACAUUGUGCUGCCUUUUCUCUGGAGUCCUUCAGAGAUUUGCGCCACCUUGUGGUGGGAAACUUGGAAGCUUUCUUUUCAAAUAAGCAACUGCUUUCUGAAGUUGUUUAUGAUUGAAUGCAGAUAUCUGUAACAAAAAUAAAGUAAUUCCCACAACAAAAUGGAGUAGGAGGAAAUAGUGCUUCCUUCUCUAACAGAUUUUGCAAGGCCUGGCUUUGCUUCUUUCAAGAGUGAGUGAACACUUAACAGUACGGCAUCCUUUGUUUCCUUUUGAAAAUAAGCUAAUUCCUAAGUCCUUGUGGAUGUACUUGACUUGAACAA